GGAAAAAGUGGAUGUGGCCACUGAAACGUAAAAACUUCAGUUCUGGGUCUUUUAAAGCAAAUUGGUGCGAUGAAUGUUUUCAUCCUGGCUUUGUUCUGUCUCUGCGGCUUUGUCUCAGCGGACGAAGCCGAGAGGCUGCCGAAUAAAUGCGAAGUGUGUAAGUUCCUGACCGUGGAGCUGCAGGAGGCUCUGGAAAAAACCGGCCGCUCCAAAGAGGUGCUGGAGAUCGGAGAAGUCCUGGACACAGGGAAGAGGAAGAGAAAGAUCAAAUACAACACCUCGGAAACUCGGCUGACUGAGGCCAUAGACAACAUAUGUGAGCGCAUCCUUCAGUAUAACGUUCAUGCAGAGAGGCCUGGCAGCCUUCGAUACGCCAAGGGUGCCAGUCAGACCAUGACAACUCUGAAGAACCUGGUCCACAAAGGAGUAAAGGUGGAGCUGGGCCUGCCGUAUGAACUGUGGGACGAGCCUUCGGUAGAGGUGUCGGACAUGAAGAAACAGUGUGAGACGAUGCUGGAGCAGUAUGAGGAGGUGGUGGAGGACUGGUACUUCCAUCAUCAGGACGAGAAACUGGAGAACUUUCUCUGUGAGAACCACGUCCUCAAGACAUCGGAGCAAGAAUGUCUGAAGGAGGCGUGGAAAGGAGACAUGGGGAAAAACGGAGCUGCCGAAGAGGCGGCAAGCGACGGCGGCGAGAAGGAGAGAGCGAGUGACGACACUAAGGAAGAGGAGAGGAAGACACAUGAUGCUGAGGAGCUAUGAGGAAAACAUUUUCACUAAGGGAAAAAUACAGAAGACAACACAAAACCUCAGUCUCAGAUUUUGGUGGGAAAACUGCAAAUCAACAAACAGAAACUAAAAUGCCAUGAUGCUUUAUACUGUUUAAAUUUCUCCUGUUAUUUUUAUAUAAAUGACGUCAGCCUUUGAUAAACAAAUGCACCUUUUUAAAACACUCAGCUGUUUGGAUCAAGGUCUGAAGCUUUACUUUAUGAAGAUAUGAGGCUCUUUCAGUGUUAGAUUAUAUGUGAACUCUGUUACAUCUCCUUAUGCACACAUUAUAUGGUACAUAUCACUCUUUUGUUUACUCCAAACUGCCAGUUUUAACUGCAAUAUGUACAGUUUUUCACGUUGAAUAAAAUGCUGUU